GUCCCUCCGAUUACUGUAUCCCCUCCUCGCCUCCUACCUGCGUCCUGUUUGUGCUUCCUCCUGUGGCGUGCCCUGUCUUCUUCACCGACGUUCACAGCUCCUAGGACCUAAGCUUGGUUGGGCUGGGAACCGUUGUCACGAGGCAUCGCUCCAGUCCAGUGCGCUUGCUCGCAAAGCAGAAACCAUCCGAUUUUUUCAAGCUCCCUUCUUCCUCCUCCUCACCGCCAUGUUCAGCGACCACCGCCAUCCUGCAUGGCUGCCCAUCACCCUCACCGCCUUAGUCCUCGGUCAGGCAAUCAUAAUGUCACGAUCGACAACGCGCCACGCGAAUCAUUGCCGCGGAAGAAAAGACCGUCCCAUCCAUCCCGCCCAAUCCCAACUUCCAGCGGCUCGUACUACGACUGGUCAUUGUCAUUGUUGCACUUACUGCUAUCCCUUUCGCUGCUGCAACUGGGUCAGGCGUGUCUGUCGAUGAUACUACAGUACUGUACUACUGUACACCUACUAAUGAACAAAUGGUCUGAACUGAACGACCACCCUUGUGCAGCAUACAGCAGCUAGCACCCAGCAGAGAGACUCGUAAACUCGGUUACAGUUAACAUCGUUUCAGCGACUACUACCCUAACGCUAAACGCAGGACCCGCUCCGCUGCAGACCUCCAUAAUGAGGCGGAGUAGAACUAAUCAGAAACACCAGAUCAUUGUGCUACCAAGCCACUUAAAAGCUUCGUCAUCCGCAGCCACCAGUGCCUAGAAGCAACCUGCUGUCGAAUCGCGACGUCCCACAAGCUCGAGAAAUCGCAACGUCCGGUCCGGAGGCCGUCGUGGGGGCCUCGCGAAGUGGGUUCGAAGGUCAAGCAGCAGUGGUUGUAGCGGCUACAACUGGCAGCUGUGAUCCACUGCCCCCGGCUCAACCAGUGGACGCGGAGGCCUAGCGGCCAAGGCCCGUAAACGUCAUCGCGGGGAGAAGCAUGAUUCUUGCAGCAGAUCGUCCUUCCGUGACCACUGGUGCCACCAUGACAGUCGGCGCCAUGAGACUUGCCGGCGCGCCGCGGCUGCCUUCCGCAGAUACCGCCGCAACCCGAGCAGUCGACGCGGUCGACGCGGCCGACGCGGCGUUUACUUUCGAAGCAAAUAGCAAUACUAGAAACGCGCCGGAUUUCGGCGCCGGCGGUUGGCGUGCGUCGUCCUCGUUUAGCAGCGUCGCGUCAUCGUCAUUACCCGAUGAGUCAUCAUCACGUCGACUGACGCCGGUUCAGCAGGUUCAACCGCCUCAGACGGCUCAGGAACUGCCAGACGCUGUUUUUGACGGCCGGCAGGUCGUGCUCAUCGCUCAGCCGGCAAACGACGACUCGUCAUCGGAUGAUGACGACGAUGACGUGGCGGAACGAGCGAUGCGAGCCGCAGGGCGAAACGCGCCGUCGUGUCUGCCGCCGCUUCUACUUUCGGGAAGUUUUUCGCGCAGCCGAGGCGGCGCGGGGACGGCGCCGAUAGUGGCGCAUCGGCGGAGCCCAUCUUCCCCGAUCAUGCCGCUACCUAUGGCGUUUAAAGAGUGUGAUAAUAACGAAAAUCCGCCUGCGAACGCCCAGCGUCGACAAGGCCAGGGGCCUCGUAGUGAUACCUCGGCGGCGGUGGCGAAAGCGGCAGCAGUCGCACGGGGUGAGCGACAGUCGCCGAGGUGUCGCACAAAGUCGCAGUCGAUGCACGACAUGAGCCACUUCGCACCGGUUCGCACGACGGCUGCUACUGCUGCAGCAACAUCCGGCACUUGCGACGUCUCUGCACCGUCAGGUGCGGCGGGGAUCGCGCCGUCGGCUGCGGCCGAGGCACAGAAACCGCAACCCUACGACCAGCAGCAGCAACAGCAGCAGCAGCGGCAGCAGCAGCAGCGUGAGCGUAAGUCUAGAAGCAGCGACGGCGACCGGACCCGUCUCGACAUGAUUGGCCUUAAUAUGAGUCGUCUCGAGGCGCAUCACCAGCUAAGGCGACGCGCGUACUUGAGGUCGCAAUCUGCUGCCGGCCAAUCGUUCUCCGCGGCGGCGACAGCAGCGGCGAAACCUGCGACUGCUGCGACGGCGGCUACAGCUGCGACAUCGCCAAGAGCGCCUACGGGUAUCACUACAGCCGCAGCCGUUCAAGGGGUCGUUUCCGUUCCAGCGCCGGUAGCAGCACCGGCAGCAGCGCCGGUAGCAGCGCCGGCAGCAGCAGCAGCGGAAGCCGCCGCGUUGUCCGUGCGACCACGAGCAGCGCGCGUGUUGCGCAAGGCGCAGUCGGAGAAGCCGCGCGCCCCGGUGUGGACGCAGAAUUGCUCCCCCUCUCCACCGCGCCAGCGCCAGCACCAGCCUCCGGCGCCUCUCCACUUAUCAAGAGCUGCCCGCGCAAGCGGCGCCAGCGGUGGUGCCGCCACUGCUAGUGCCAGUAGUGGAGGUAGCAGUAGCGCCACUGGCGGUGGGAAUCACCUCUCCCUUACUACUACAAGCAGCGUUGCCGCGCCACGAGCAGCGCGCGCAUUGCGCAAGGCGCAGUCUCUGAACCAAUCCGCGUGGACGCGGCGCAGCUCCCCCUCCCCCUCUCCCCCCAACCGACCCCCUCCGCCGCUCCCAUUUGACGCGCCGCUGCAGAACGGUCCCCCCUCCCUCUCCUCCCCGCACAGACCCCCUCCGCCCCUCCCGUUUGACGCGCCGACGCGGAACGCUUCCCCCUCCCUGUCCCCCCCGCGCCCGCGCCAAUGCCCCCCGCCGCUCAACCUCGCGAGAGCUCCCCAUGGCAGUGGGAUGAUCGCUAGCAAUCCCUCCCCUACUAGUACCCGGGCAGGUGAACGGGCAGGUGAACGGGCAGGUGAACGGGCAGGUGAACGGGCAGGUGCGCGGGGAGGUGAAGUGACUAUGGCAGAAGACUGCUGUUCAAUCCACACUCCAUCAUCCAUGUACGCUAAUCCGUCCCCCAUGCCGCUAUCAAUCUCACCUCGGCCCCCGCCCGUUCCCUCGCCACGUGGCAGUCUCCCAUUUGGGCAGCCCGUUAAAUCUCCACGUAGAAGUCUCCCAAAAGGACAACCGCUUAACUCGCCACGUGGCAGUCUCUCAUUGGCGCAACCUGUCAAAUCGCCACGCGCCAGCCCCCCUUUAAGGGAACCUGUACAAUCGCCACGUGGCAGCCUCCCAUUGUUUCCGAACCCGUCUGCCCUGCCGCCUCCCGUCUCUCCACUGCCAAUUGACGCGCCGCAAAUAUCUCCCCGGGUACUCCGCGUCCCUCCGCCACGUGGCAGCCUGCCGUUGGGGCAAGGCGCACCCGUGAGUCCCGGGUACCGCCAGCGAAUGAGGUGCAAGAGCUUCAGCAUCAGCAGCAGCAGUAGAAGCAGCGGCGAGAAUGAGUUACACGGGGCGGGUAACCAGCAGUACCAGUGCCAGCAGCAGAAGCAGAAGCAGCCUCCAGCAUCCCCCCCCCUGCAGCAGCAGCAGCAGCAUCAGCAGCAGCAGGCCAAUCAACAAGAGCAGCAAAAGCCGGAAGGAGCGGUGAGCCGCUGCGGCAGACACGUCCGCAGUGCGUCCGAAGUGGUGCACAGCCCCACACACCCGCUCCCGCCGCUCCCCCAAUCCGCUGCUGCCACGUGGCGCAGCUGGGGAAGGGUGAACAUGUCGUGGGUUGGGGGGAGGCGCAGCACGCGGGAGGGGCAGGCAAGAGGAGAGGGCGGAGGGGGGGAGAUAGAUCCGGAAAAGGCGGAACUGAGGGAGGCUGGGGAUGGUGAAUGCAGAGGAGCAGAAUCGGACGCUGACCAGCAGCAGCAGCAGCACCACCACCAGCAGGCGUUGACUUGCGUUGACUCCACAGAACCCCUGGCUGUACCAUCAGCAUCAGCAUCAGCAUCAGCAUCAGCAUCAGCAUCAGCAUCAGCAUCAGCAUCAGCAUCAGCAUCAGCAUCAGCAUCAGCAUCAGCAUCAGCAUCAGCAUCAGCAUCAGCAUCAGCAUCAGCAUCAGCAUCAGCAUCAGCAUCACCAUCAGCAUCACCAUCAUCACCAGCAGCAGCAGCAGCAGGAGAUCUCGAAGAUGCAUGUGAAGCAGCAACGGCACGUGAAAGGCUCGCAAGCAGAUCGUCCAGAAGAUUGGCUUCCCUCUCUCCUCCCCCUCUCCCUCCCCCCCCUCUCUCUCCCCUCCCCUCCCUCCCCCCCACUUCCUCCUCCCCCUUCGGCACGGUUCCCCUCCCGCCGCCGCGCCUCCUGCCCCUCGUCCCUCUUCACCCCUCCCCCUCUCCUCCGCGACCUCCUUAGAGGCUGCCUCGAUAACUCGUUCAGG